CCGGACAUAUCCCACUCACUACAGGCACAGAACACAACGAGAGGUGACACAGUUAGCUGUAAACAUAAGACAACAAAUAAACGUUAUUAGCAUUUUACAACAGAUAACAAGACAUUCGAAACCAGCCUCUGUCCAGGUGAGUGAAUACUUCAGCUUAGCUUCAACAUGUGUGGAAGGACUGCUUGUACACUGGCACCAGACGAGGUGAGCCGAGCCUGCUCCUACAGAAACAGAGGAGGACACCGGAGACAGCCCGGCUGGAGGGACGGGGAUGCGGACAAAUACCGACCCUCUUACAACAAAAGUCCGCAGUCUACGAGCCCUGUCCUCCUGUCCCAAAGGCACUUUGACAAGACGGCUCCUGUAGAUGAGUGUGUGUUGGCUGCGAUGCGUUGGGGUCUGGUACCGUCCUGGUUUAAGGAGAAUGAUCCAAGCAAAAUGCAGUACAGCACCAACAACUGCCGCAGUGAGAGUAUACUGCAGAAGAAGUCGUACAAGGACCCCCUGGUGAAAGGACAGCGCUGUGUCAUCCUAGCUGAUGGUUUUUAUGAGUGGAGGAGGCAGGAGAAAAACAGGCAGCCCUUCUUCAUCUACUUUCCUCAGGAUCAGGGAGCAAAGAGCAAAGAUCAGAGUGAACCCUCAACCUCACAGGACAAUUCAGAGGAGAACUCUCCUAAUCCAUCACAGGAGGGAGAAUCUCCAUGUGAGUGGACUGGUUGGAAGUUGCUGACUAUGGCAGGACUGUUUGACUGCUGGACACCUCCUGGUGGUGGAGAACCCCUUUACACCUACACUGUAAUCACUGUCAACGCUUCCCCAAACCUAGAAAGCAUCCAUGAUAGGAUGCCAGCAAUCCUGGAUGGAGAGGAAGAAGUGAGGAGAUGGCUUGAUUUUGGGGAGGUGAAGUCCCUAGAUGCCCUGAAACUGCUCCAGUCUAAAAAUAUUCUGACUUUUCACCCUGUUUCCUCGCUAGUCAAUAACUCCCGCAACAACUCUGCAGAGUGCCUCCAGCCUGUGGAUCUUAACAGCAAAAAGGAGCUGACACCCACCGCCAGCGGCAGGAUGAUGAUGAGCUGGCUGAAGAGCAGCGGUCCUACAAAGAGGAAGGAGGAAGAGGAGAAGGAAACCACGACAAACACUCAGUCCAAGUCUACCGGACCACUUCAGCAGUGGCUUCAGGGAGCAAAUAAAAAACCAAGAAUCAACUGAAAAUAUCAGCUUGGAUGUUCAUCUGCACUGAAAAAUGAUUAACUCUCAUGUUGCCUUCAAAUGUUCUGUCAUUUUUUAUCCUUGGAGACAGGUUGACCUGAAGAAAAUCAUUCUAAUACAAAUUAUUAUCCAGAGUUUUGUUUGCAAAAUAUCUGCCAACCUAAAUCUUUGUGCUGUGUUAACCAUCAAUGGUUCUUGCACAAUGGAUUUUGUUAGGGCCCUUUUUUGAAGAUUACAAAAUGUAAUAUAACUGUAAUCUAAAACACAUGUAUACAGUGGUGACGUUUCCUGUGUUUUGUAUGGUUAAAUCUGACCUACAGAACACUAAGUACACAAUGUCAACAGGUUAUUAACAUAUGUGUUAAUUUUGUUUUCCCCAUUAAAUUUUAACAAGUAAAUAAAUAUAAAGCAAAAAUGUGCCAAACAAGACCACAACACUUGUUGCAAAUUGACUCCAGGGAUAAUGCGACUAAGUUUCUUUAUUUCAAAGUGAUCUGAUAGUUUUUAAAAAAAUAUUGUAAUAUAAAUGAAUGCUUCUUAUGUUACAUUACAGUUGAAAAUAAAAGUCAAAAAUACACCGAAUCCUUUAUUCAAGAUUUUUAUUACCCUUAUUACUUGAAACGCAAAGACAUUUUGAAACAAUGUAGAUGCUAUGCAUUUAUCAUAUUAAUAAUAUAAUAAUGAUGAAUGCCAAUACUUUCCCCCACAUUUUUUUUCUUUUUUUGUUCAACAUUACAGUAUGUAUGCUAUCUUGUAAUCUAUAAUGCAUUUCAACAUAAUAUGAACAGACAGUUAAAGAGCUGAACGGUUAAAAGAAAAGUCAAGCACUUAAAUGUUUGCCAAUGCGAGCAUUUGGCAGAGUCAGAUAUGGAGAUUUACAACCCAACUUUUGCCUCCCCCACAAAAUGAUUAAGAGGUUUGCAAAUAUACAAAGACUUGCAAUAAUUGACAGUAGAAAGAAAUGUACUAGCUAACAGCACUCGGUUAUGAAUGAUACUUGUACUUGAAAAAUUCCACUCCUCCUUUUCAGGAAUAUCAGGUAGGACAUACUGUCUGGAUUUGGUUCGUGUCUAAGUUAAAUGUUGUACCUGGAAUGACAGAUAAUAUGAUGAACCUUCAUUUCUUCAAUACAGGAACAGCAAAUAGCAUGUGACUGACAGCAUUUUUACCAAGGAGCCGAGUCUAGAUGCACACAAAACACUCAACCUGAGCUACAACUGUGUGUAUUGUGGCUCUAAAUGAGAUAUCUGAGCAAGUCUUCAGUUAUUGUAGUAAGUGCAAAAAAAAAAAACAAAAGAAAAAAAAAAAAACUGCACACCUAAGUGAUGAACUUGUCACUGGAUUGGAUAUCAAAUUCUGUGAAUCAGCAGGCAGCACAUUGAUGCGAUUCCACAGAUUUACACAUUCUGAUCCUUCAACUUCUGUUCCGAUUCCCCGUUUUAAGUUAUCAGAGUUUAUUUCUUUUUUUUAAGGUUGCAUGAGGUAUGGUGAAAUCAUGGUAACGUGUUUCUCGAUGUGAAACAAAUUUAAGCCACAACACAAAUGAGUAAAAUAGGAAAGGGGGGUGGAGGGGGGUGCAGUGUUUCCUCUAUUCAUGCAGCAGUGGCGGGCUGUAAAAGUAAGAAAACAACCACCACUGCCAAUGAAAGUGAUU